ACUCAUGAGUCCGUUGUUGGGUUAUAUGAUAACCAGGCAAAGAAGAAGUGCCGAUCCGACGUAAUCUCACAUGCUAUUAGGUGUCUAACAACAGAAAGACACACAUCUGCUUGUGUUCAACGAGGUCACGUUAGACGAGUCUGGCAGCAAUUGCAAGAGAGUGGAGAGAGCCAAGCGUACUUUCAUCCACUAGUAAUCGAGUCCAUAGAAGCUGAGAUUUCGCAAUGGGAGAUUCUCCACGAAAGCAAUAUACAAAGCAAGAAACCUUCAGACCUUAAUGUAUGUUAUCUCGGAGGGAACAAUCCUAUCAACGAUCUUGAGGUUCUUGUGGACAGUGGCGUCCUCCCACAGAAUGUCUGGGCAGUGGAGAAUGAUACUAAAACAUUCGAGAGUGCACGGGAAGCCAUCCGUAGAUCGAGGUUUAGAAAUGUCCGAUUGUUUAAAGGUGACAUCCUUAAGUUUUUGAAAGACUAUGAGGGUAACUUUGACAUUAUUUACUUUGAUGCCUGCGGUACACUUCCGUCGGCUAACCAGAGCACUCUUAAGUUUAUCGGAUAUGUCUUUCGGUAUAAUAAGCUGACAUCUCCAGGAGCCUUGAUCACAAAUUUUUCAUUCCCCCCUAAGAGUGAACCAACAGAAUGUGAUGAAGAAGCAGAACAACCCUCAAGAAUUUUACAGGAAAGCGUUAAAAUAAGAAAAUUAGCGACAGAGUAUUUAAAGUACAGGCUUGAUAAUACACGGAUGAACAAAGGCUCUCCAGAAGGGAAUGCUGAACUUCUUGGUCAAAGGACUGACGAAGAAAACUAUGGUGAUUACAUCACCUAUCAAGUAAUUGACUCCGCUUAUUUGUAUAUCCCUGCCUUAAGAAUGCUCUCAUCCACAAGAUCAGGUCAGUCAAGCCCGUUAUGGGAUCAAAUGUUUAAAAGUAAAAAGAACUUUCACGAUUUCCUCAAAGAAUGUAGGAAAUUUUUUCAGGCAGUGAGUGAAUCAAGUCCUGACAGUGAAACUUCAAUUGGAGAAAAAUCUUGUUCAUUUAGUGAAACUGCUAGUCCUGACAGCGAAUUUUCAGUUGAAGAGCAAUCUUGUUCAGUAAGUGAAACUGCCAGUGAAGUGACUGAUGUUAACAAAUUACUCAGUGCAUCUGCAGCCAGUGAAUCAAAUGCAGGGCAUGAUUCUUCCGAUGAAGUGUUUUUAACACUGAAAGAUGCAUCCAAAGCCUCUCCUUUGUGGAAGUGUGGUUUUGCUCUGGAAGAAGAAAUGCAAAACAAUGACCUUUGCAAAGCCUGGGUUACCGAGAUUUUACCAGACUGGCAAUCAACAUCCAACUUGAAAACUGAGAAACUCCCGCUUUUGCUUUUGACUCAUCUUCUCUCUCAUUUUGAUUUUUUUAUCUCUACAUUUACUAAUAAAAACUUUCAAGAGAAAUGCAUUGAACCUCUCUACAAUGCCCUUCAUUCUGACCAUGAUGACGCAGUAUUUCCCAAAUUUUACAAUGUAGUAGAUCUAAGUAAUACAAGAAGUUUGGUUGCUGGCCUACUGUAUGGCCAGAUGGCCUACCCAUCAUUUCCUGUAGUGGACAAGAUGCUACGACUCUGCUACACUGGAAAUGCAAGGCAGAUGUUCACUGAUGUUUUCAUUUUUGACCAGUGUCGGUAUGUUUAUCAGCAAUUUCCCUCCAUUGAUUGUGCUUGCUUUGCCAUUACAGAACCAGAACAGCAAAUGGUGUUCAGAAUGGUUGUGGAUGGCUUAAGAAAGCACUUGGAAGACAUUUGCUUUAAAGAUGUCUUUCCAUCUUGUCAUGUUGCUAGUAUAGAUCCCAUACCAACGGGAGAGAUUGGUUUCCUUAAUAGUAGGCCUAAGAUUCCCAAAAGGAAAGAGGUGAACUAA